UUCUGCCGCCGCUCAACCAUGAUAUCUGGAUCCCCAGAUCGAAAACCCCAAUCGAGUCGAUUCCCUCGUACCAGCGGUCGGCGGAGCGAUGCUGGCCGUCAUGGAUUGCGGCGGCGACGGGCUCGCCGGCGCGGCGGAGCACCCCGCCGUGCGCCGGAUCCGGCACCGGCGCCUCCUCGCCUUCCUCCGCCACCAGGGCCUCGAGCGCACCUUCAGAUCGAUGGUCGACGAGACGAACGCCUUCUUCUCCGCGGCGCACCUGCAGGACUGCAUGAGGCGAGGCCAGUGGCGCGCCGCCCUCGGCUACCUCUGGCGCUUCGUGCAGCCGGAAGACCGCCGCCUGCUGAGCCUGGAGGCCCAGGUCCUGCAUCUCUUCCUCGUUGCGCACAGUUGCCUGGCGGAUAUCCUCGCCGGCACCCAGGAGAUGAAGAAGGCGGCCGCCUUCUUGUCCAAGCACCGCAAACAUGGCCCCCAGGGCAUCCUCAGGAUCCAUUCAAUCCUGCUCACCGCACUCCACGCCAAGCAGCAUCUCGUGGCCUCCUGGGAGCACGUGAGGUACCGGGCGGCUGAGAUUGCCUACGACUUGGUUCUCAGGACCCCAGAGCUGAAAGGCGUGGUGCUCCAACCGGCCGGCCCGACGAAACCAAGCAAUGUGCUUCCGAUCUGCUCCAGUACUGGCCGGAGUUAUCGCAGGAAGAACCACCUCCGCCAGCCGCAGGCAUCUGCGCUUGCCAAGCGCUAUCUUCGGAGGAGGGAGAGUCUGCUUUCUUCAAGCCACUAUAAGGAAUCAGCUAAUGAGGCAGAAUUGCAUGCCAAGACAGCAACCUGGAUAGCGGAUAUUCUUGAUGAAAGUUUGAAAGCUGGUAAACAUCAGGAGCUCCACCAGACGCAUCCAGUUCAGACAAGUGAGAGUCAAGGCACAACUAAGCAUUCGAGUCAAGUAGGCAGUACCCAAGACUUGAAUCCAAGGAAGAACCCAGUGGAUGUCACUGCUUCUGAUGAGCACAAUCAAUAUCCAAAAAGGCAACAGACAAGUGGUGCUUUUGCUGAAGCUAGCAUGCUUGUAGGGCACCUCACCUAUGCGUCCUUGGUGGUUGGUACUUUUUUCAACUUCUGAUGCAUCCAUAUUACAACAUGAUGCAUGAACUUGGAUGAAAUAGAAGGCAUUGACUUCUUGUAUAAUCCAGUAAUGACGUUCAUUGUUGGACAAUACUAACUGGUGGAUACUUGUUGGCCUGCAGCCACCAGUGAUUUGGACUUGAGCGAGGUAUUAUUGCAGCAUGAACUUCGAGUGCUCAGCUGAGACAUCGGAGUGUUGUUAGAUGUAUACUACCAUCAGAUAUUCAGUUGUUUAGUUGCUACUUCUAUGUUGAGUCCAACUAUGUUAUGUUAUCAAAUUAUUAAUGAAGUUGAUGUUGCUACUAUCACUGAGAACUUACUGUUAUGUUAUCGUGCAACUCUCCCAUACAACAUAUGGGAUUGAUGAAGUUACUCUUAUAUUAUCUCAAAUUAUUAGCUUU